AUGACGCGAAGUAUCUCUCGUACGCUGGAAUACUGCUACGACGAUUUCACUAUUGCGCAGAUGGCACGCGGCCUGGGAAAGACUGGUGAUGUAGAGAAAUUCGAAACGAGCUCUCGCUACUGGGAGAAUCUGUUUCGAGAGGAUCAAACCUCGUUCCUCAAUGGGACGGAUACGGGAUUUAGAGGCUUCUUCCAGCCGAAGUAUCUGAACGGGACGUGGGGAUACCAGGAUCCCAUCACCUGCUCCAACAUCGACACAAGCGGACGAGCAUGCUCGCUGCAGAACAACGCUGCAGAAACCUUCGAAUCCAGCAUCUGGGAAUACCAAUUCUUCGUCCCCCACGACAUGGCCUCCCUGAUCACUCACCUCGGCGGCCCUUCCCAAUUUGUCCGCCGCCUCGACUACCUCCACGACAGCGGCAUCACCUACAUCGGCAACGAGCCCUCCUUCCUCACCGUCUUCCAAUACCACUACGCCGCUCGCCCCGCCAAAUCCACCGCCCGCGCCCACUUCUACAUCCCCAAAUACUUCAACCCGGCCCCCGCCGGCCUCCCAGGCAACGACGACUCCGGCGCCAUGGGCUCCUUCGUCGCCAUGACCAUGAUGGGCCUCUUCCCCAACCCCGGCCAGAACGUCUACCUCAUCACGACCCCAUUCUUCGAGUCCGUGUCCAUCACCUCCCCGCUUACCGGGAACGUGGCCACCCUGCGCACCGUCAACUUCGACCCCAGCUACCAGAACGUGUAUAUUCAGUCUGCGACGCUGGAUGGGAAGCCGUAUACGAAGAGCUGGGUUGGUCAUGAUUUCUUCACGGAGGGGAGGGAGCUGGUGUUGGUUCUGGGUCGGAAUGAGAGUUCCUGGGGUACGGGGGAGGAUGAUUUGCCGCCUUCAUUGUCAACUUCGUUUUCUUCCUUGGGAUAG